UCGCCUCUUUCCAUUCGGACUCCGUUUUUGUGCCAGUGCAUCUUGACUGUUCACCAACGAAAGCGAAGUCUCGUCCGCCAUGGACCGCGAGAGCUUUGCCAAUUACUUGGACAGCAGUUGGUUGGACUUCCGGCAGCGCUUGUUGGCGGUGUAUCCGGAGAGCUCUGGAGGCUUCGAACACAAUGGCAGGCUCAUCAGCACAGGGUCCUCGGAUGACAACGAAGUGGGUGGUGCAAUGAUGCGCAAUCUUGAUGGCACUCCUGUAGUCCUCAAGCAGGAGUAUGAAAAUGCAGGGUUCCUUACCAGCAACGGCAGCAACCUGAGCUGCAUGAGUCUGAGUGAGGACGAGCAGGAACCGACCACCAGCGAAGGUGCGAGGAACCAAGACAGCAGUCAUCUCAUCAAUAGCGCUUUGGCGGACUUCACGGCCAAAGAGGUGGAGUCCGUCCGGAACCGCCUGAGACUUCGAUUGGGAGCUGUCUCAUCCAACCACCUCGUUUCAGGAAAGAGCUUGCUGGAAGCGGUGCAAUCAUUGGGCUUGACGAAAUACUCUGAGGAAGAUAUGAAUGGUAUGGUCAACCAGCUGGCUGAUUUCAUCAACUUGCGAUUUGAAGCACCCAGAAAGAAGCGAAACAGCGGCAUCUCCAACGGCAUCGUCAAUGGGCUCUUCAAGCAGCCGAACCCGAAAGAACUGGGGAAGCCCAUUUGGGAAUACCCGCAGGACGUCAUCCCGCAGAAGCGGACGAGCAGUGUCAGUGUGUCGGUCUCCAGGACGGUGCUGCAACGCUCCGAAAGUUCCAUGCGUUCGAAAGGGCAGUACAAUGUGGUGCCUGCCCGAGCUUUGGUGGAUUGCUUCCUGGCUGAUGAUGAAGAGGCGAUGAAAAAGAUCUUCACUGCCAAGUACAUCAACCAGUACUUGUCGAUGCGCGAGAUCUUGUUGGCUGGUGAUACUAAUCGCUUGGUGGCGGAGCUGACUUUCGUCCGAAUCAAUGAUUUAGCAGCGCCUCCUGAGCCGGUACAUCCACUGACCUAUAUCGAGCCCAUUGUCGCAUUGCUGAUUGUUGGGAAUGGCGUCAUGAUUGGCUUUCAGACAGACCCAUGCUGCGAAGAUCUGUCAGUCUGGCCUUACAUCGAACUGGCUUUUGCGCUGCUCCUUGUCAUCGAGAUCCUUUUGCGAGUGCAUUUGCUACGCUGUCGCCAAUACUGGUGUGGGCAGGACAAGUUUUGGAACUGGUUCGAUCUCUUUCUGGUGGGGGUGGGCAUAGCAGACUUGACCCUACAAUGGGUCGGCACCGAGUCGGACGUGCAAGGGACGUCUCUCUUACGGUUUUGUCGACUCAUCCGCCUGGUGCGCAUCGUCAAGGUCUUCCGGAUCCGCGUGAUGCGAGAUUUGCGCUUGAUGGUCAAAGGACUCAUCGCAGGCAUUCGCACGCUUUGCUUAGCCUUCAUUCUGCUUUUCACCGUUUUAUACGUCAUCUCCGGCUUCGCCACCAUGACGAUCGGAAACAAUCCCAAAGCUGAAGCCUUGGAUGUAGACAAAUACUUCAAGAACAUCCCAGCCUCCAUGUUCACCGCCUUCCGGUGCUUUACCGGAGAAUGCGUCAAUCGGGAAGGUCAACCUAUCCAUGAGAUGUUGGCUGAAGCCUUCCAGUUGCCUUUCAUCAUUGGCUAUGUGGCCUGCUACAUGUUGGUGACCAUGGGAAUCUUCAACGUCAUCCUCGCGGUCUAUGUCGACAUCACGAUGAAAGCAGCCAAAGAGAAUGACGCUGUGACGGCGGAGCAGUAUGCCAGAGAAUCUAUCAGGAUUGCUCGAACCACCCGCGAGUUGCUCAAGAAGUUCUCCCUGGCACAUCAUGUGUACCAUGUCAAUGACGGAGAGGAAAGGGAGGAGGAAGAUUGGGAAGAUUCAACCAAAGCCAAGCUGGCCAAGAUGAAGACAACCAAUGUGUUCGCAGAAGAUGGGGGCCACGACAAGAUCGCCAUCACCAAGGAGCUCUUCCUCCUGGUUGUGCAGGACCCAUCCGUGCAGGCAUUGAUGGAUGAAUUGGAUUUGCCACCGGACCGUGCCAACCUCUUCGAAAUUAUCGAUGCGGAUGGUUCAGGAACUUUGCAGAUCACUGAACUCCUCCACGGUUUGCUGAAGAUUCGCGGUGAGAUCAACAAGAGCGACGCAGUGGCCUCUCUCCUCGCCACGCGCGCCGUGCAGAACCAGGUGCAGGAGUUCGAGGAGAAGGUCGCAGAGGACUUAGAACAGAUCAGAGCUCAGAUGACGCAGCUAGCGCAACGAGAGAGAUUCCCUUUCCGCAUGUCCAACAACAGUGUUCAGAGACAAUCGCCGAAAGCCAUGAAGCCAAAAAAGAGCCCCAGGCUGAACGACGAUGCGCGGCCGCCGAGCCGCCCGGAGUCGCCCAGCGCCGUGGGCCGUGGGCCGCCGCUGCCGCCGCUCCAUGGCGACGGGCCGUUGCAGAAGGUCGCAGCGUCGGGUGUGGCGAUGCCUUUUCAAAGUCCGCUGAAGCUUCCGCAGAAGCCCCAUGUCAUUGAAGUGGAAGAUGCACCUCCUUGUGGUUAGGCGCCCGAGCAGCAACAAAUAGCGGAGAAUCUGCAAGUGUGAGCUGCAUUCUUUCGAUUUGUGACAAACUGCUACGCGGCAUGUCAGCCGAGCAGGUAAUUGACAAACUGCUACGCGGCAUGUCAGCCGAGCAGGUAAUGGAGGAGGUUUGUCAAGAAGGUUAUGGGC